AUGUCGUCGGCCGGAAACUCUGGCGGCGGAGAAAUGGCCGGAAAUUCACCUCAGAAUUACUACUGCUACGGAUGUCAGAGCACUGUCAGCUUAACACCAUUGCCAAAUUCUGAACUCUCAUGCCCUAAUUGCAAUGGUACAUUUUUAGAAGAAUCCCAAACCGUCCCUCCUCCAGAUCCUAUCACCGGCGACAAUCCUUUCGGAGACGACUCAUCGUUUUCCUUCCCCACCGAUUCCGGUAACGGAGGCGGCGAUGAACUUCCUGCACUCUUCGAUGGUGGAGCCCUUUUCGGCCAAUCACCUGUUGAACUAGACCCUGUUACGUUCAUCAAUAGCUAUUUAAGGGAUGGUGAUGCUACUAUUCAAUUGCUGGUUGAAAACAAUCUUAUCCGCGGUGGUGGAAGUGAGAAUGGGUUACCGGAGAACUUUGGUGACUAUUUUGUGGGGCCGGAUCUCGAGCAGCUGAUCCAUCAACUUGCUGAGAGUGACUUGAACAUGCUUGGUACACCACCUGCUGCAAAAUCGGCUGUUUCGGGCCUUCCUGAUGUUAAGGUGAGUGAUGAGCUGUUGAAUUCGGAUUUAUCCCAAUGUGCUGUUUGUAAAGAUGGUUUUAAGCUGGAUGAAUUGGUGAAGCAAAUGCCUUGCAAGCAUAUGUACCAUGACGGCUGUAUAUUACCUUGGUUAGAAAUGCGUAAUUCGUGCCCUGUAUGUCGGUUUGAGUUGCCAACUGAUGAUUCUGAUUAUGAGAAUAUGAGA